AUGUGUAUUUUAUAUUCAUUUAUACAUAAGCAAUAUAGGUCUAUAAAUAUAAAAAUUUUUUUAAUUAUUGAGAUAGCUGGAGGAAGAGAAGUAUUCUCACAGAGUAGAGGUAAAGUUGCUGCGAGGAAGCCUCGUUUCCUUACCUCUUCAAAGUCCGUGCCUAAUGAUGAAUCUACUGGAGACAAGUUGACGGUGAAAAAAAAUAGUAAAUCACCCAAUCGACAGAGUGUCUGGGAAUUACGAAGCAGAUGUGGAGAAGCAAGACGACAGCGAGCAAACCGUGAAAUAACCGAAACAGUAUUUUCAUCCGAAGUACAUUCAGUUCGUCGUAAUCCAACAACAAAAUCAAUUCUUGAUUAUGACUCACCAAAGGCUGCACGAAGCAAUCGUAUUAUAAAUUAUGACUCUGUAUUAAAUAGCAAUAAUGUAGAAUAUACAGUGCCGAAAAGCAUAACAGACAUUGAUUGUGGAUUACCAAAGAAUUGUGUUGAUUAUCAAUCAAAUCAUACGACACCAGUAAGAAGUAUGGCUAUUGUUAGUGAUGGUGAGGUUGUUGUCUUUGAUGACAUUGAUGACAAUUGGCAGGGACUUAGAUUGGAUCUCGGUUCGACAAACAACACGUUAACUAAUUCGCAAAUUAAUACUACGAGUUAUUUAAAUUCCGAUCAAGAUGAUAUACAGCAGCAACAACAACAGCAACAACAACAACAACAACAACAACAACAACAACAACAACAACAGCAGCAGCAACGUAAUAGCAGUAGAAUUCCUCCGGAACCACCUGGCUCAAGUGGCGGUAGUUCACCGAGUCCUACGUCAACGUAUCCGAGAAAUACGUCGGACUUUUUUAAGGUGAUUACACCCGCGAGUGACUGCGAAGUAAAUUCACCCUCCCCAGAACGAAAUCACAAAGUAGCAAGGGUUAUUGGUGAAUUGCCCAUAGCUCAGUAUUCCGGUAGUCCACGUCGCUAUGGUGUACGUGAAAAUUCACGAUUAUCAAAUAUUUUAUCAUCACCCUCGAUAUACAUGACACCGAGACCUGGAUUUCCUCAGAGAAUUUUACCAACAACGCCAAACCAAAAAGAAAAGGAGACUGAUUAUUUGCCAGCGAAAGAAGAACCAAUUGUUGAGGUGUUAGUUGAUACGACGACGAGCCCAACACCAGAGAAAAGUAACACCAAUCUUAUAGUAACUUCACACUCCGUUGAGGAAAUAUCCUCAACGCAGGAUCUUGUGACACAAUCAGCAGAGUUGAAACUACAACGCGAGGAGGAGGAAGAGGAAGAGGAGGAAGAUUUUCUCAAACCAUCAUUUCUCAGUAGUGAUAAUUUAUCGAGUCUUGUUGCACCCGGAGGUAGUACUUUUGAUUAUUUAUAUGAGUUUUCUGAAACGAGAAAAGUGUUGGAGGAAUUUUUCAAGUGCCCCGCUCCUACUGAGGAAAAAGAAAGCAAUGGCGAGUCGUUUCCAUUUCAGGAUUUGGAUUACGAAUUACGGCGACAAGGAGGAAACUCAUACGUUGGUCAACGUUUAGCCAGUGGGUUACCAAAUACAGAAGAGGUUAUGGUACAUGAAUCGCCAAAGAAACAGCGAGCAGAUUUUCCUUCUUCUAUCGAGCAUGAGAACAAUUUCCUUGAUUUAUCCGUGGGCACUGGAAGCAGUGAAGAUCUUGGGGAAACAGAAGUAGGUCUGCAGGUCGGGCAUUCACGAAACUUUACUCUGAGUCCGGAAACAACGGAUUGCGACAGUAAUUGCGGUGAUCUUGAUAGCGAAAUGUCAUUAAUGAUGAUGGACAAUGAACUAUUACCGGCAAGCGGGCUACUGGGGUCUGUCGGUGAUCUCGGUAACAAUUCAGAUUCACUGAGAAUAUACACAAGUAUGCCAGUGCUCGAGGACGGUUUAUCGAGUGGUCACGCGAGCGAUACCGACAACAAUAAUCCGACGGUGAUGUUGAUGAAACGUCAGAUAAAUGAGAUAGAAAAGGAAAUAAUUCAAAGGACAAGAAAUGAUAUGCUGGGAACUGAUAUCGAUAAUGAAAAAGAUGUUAGUUUGAAUGUUACGAAAGACAUACUACAAACUUUAAAAGCAACCUCCCCAGAUUUAUUUAUAGCCCAGAAAGAAAAUUCUUACGAGACGAAUGAGUUGAAUUUAGACGGCUUAGAUCCAUUGGGUACUCCACCACCGCCUGCGCCUCAGGGUAGACAAAGCAUUAACUUGGAGAUUGGCGGUGAAGUAGAAGCUGCUAUAAAGGAUAUACGAAUGGCUUUGCAGAAAACAAAAACCUUGCCAGUUAAAUCACCAACGGAAGAUCCUCCCGAGCCGAGCGUCAGUCCCAUUUGGAUACCCAGGCGGCGGAUUUGCACCGAGAGCAACAGCGAAGAUUCCGAGGCUCGUCGCGUUGAGGACGAGAACGAAGUUGAGGUUGAGGAAGUUGUAGACGAAGAGGAAGCAGAUACUGAUUUGGAAACUGACCGGCUCUUGGGUCAACAAAGAACUGAUGAUCAAGGGUUCUACGAUGACAAGGGGUGGCGGAAGCCUAAAACUAGGACAAUGCUACCACCAAUGAGUACCAAAGUCGUAACACCAAAGCAAACCCCACCGAAAACAUUGAGUGUAGCUCCACUAGAAACGCUAACGCCACCCGAGCCCCUGCCCUCAACGUCGUCAUCCAUAUCCCCGCCUCCUAUUGUCACUGUAAUACAGUCGCCGACGUCUGAACGCGAGGCGACAUCACCCACUACUCAAACCUCAGCGAGUCCUCAGAAGAUCUCCCCGGUUAAAAAUUCUCCCUCGCCCACACAAAGCCUCAAGGAGUCCAACGGCAAGACCAAAAAGGAAAAAGAUGGAAAGAAGAAAAGCCGUAACAAAGAAGGUAAUAUAUCUCAUUAAAAGUUGAUAAAAAACAAUGUUGAUGAGUAAAUAGGAUUACUGGAUGAUCCAUCAGUGCUGAUUGAGGGUGUACUGUUUCGUGCGCGAUAUCUUGGAUCAACGCAACUUGUUUGCGAGGGCCAACCAACUAAAUCUACGAGGAUGUGUCAGGCGGAAGAAGCCGUAUCUAGGAUAAAGGUAUGCACCAGAUGGUGAAACUCAACCGAGUGCGGAAGUGGAUCUUUUUAUAUCAACGGAAAAAAUAAUGGUAUUAAAUACAGAUCUUAAGGAAAUAAUGAUGGACCACGCACUGAGAACUAUAUCUUAUAUUGCGGACAUCGGAGACUUGGUAGUGCUGAUGGCCCGAAGACGUUUUGUACCUCAUGAAAUGGAAGAGGCUCCAAAGAUAAAUAGAACGCCAAAGAUGAUUUGCCAUGUGUUUGAGAGCGAGGAAGCUCAAUUUAUCGCCCAAAGUAUUGGACAAGCGUUUCAGGUUGCUUAUAUGGAGUUUCUAAAAGCCAAUGGCAUCGAGGAUCACAGUUUUGUUAAGGAAAUGGAUUACCAGGAAGUUCUAAACUCCCAGGAGAUAUUUGGCGAUGAGUUGCAGAUGUUUGCCAAAAAAGAAAUGCAAAAGGAGGUGGUAGUACCCAAAGCAAAAGGCGAAAUCCUGGGUGUGGUGAUCGUAGAAUCUGGAUGGGGCUCGAUGCUACCUACGGUAGUGAUAGCAAAUCUUGCGCCAGCCGGUGCGGCCGCACGUUGUGGUCAGCUCAACAUUGGCGAUCAGAUAAUUGCUAUUAAUGGAGUAUCACUUGUAGGAUUACCAUUAUCAACGUGCCAGACUUACAUUAAAAAUUCUAAAAAUCAGACAGUGGUUAAGCUUACGGUUGUGCCAUGCGCUCCGGUAGUUGAAGUGAAGAUUAAGAGGCCGGAUACUAAGUAUCAACUAGGAUUUAGUGUACAAAAUGGUGUAAUAUGUAGUUUACUGAGGGGUGGAAUUGCUGAGAGAGGUGGCGUGCGUGUGGGCCACAGAAUAAUCGAGAUUAACAAUCAGAGUGUUGUUGCUGUGCCACAUGAGAAAAUCGUUAAUCUCUUGGCUACGUCUGUUGGGGAGAUACUCAUGAAGACGAUGCCUACAUCUAUGUUUAGACUAUUGACCGGUCAGGAGUCUCCAGUAUAUAUAUAA